AGAAAUAGCCUCGUGGUUCUCUUCGGCGGGACAUCAGAAUUGUUAUUUUUUUCCACUGACUUCCAGCAUAACUUUAGUCAAGUUACAAACUCUCUCAGUCUUCUCUAGAUAACUGCUUUUCCCUGUAAGUCUGAUGCUUUGAGGUUCUUAGAUGCAACACAAAAUGUAACCCUGCAAUCAAGCUGUUGAGAGUAUUUUUGAUAAAAGUGAAUUGGACUGUAACUAUAUGGAACUGUAGCUAUUGUUCAUCUUUGCCUACUUCCCUGUAGUUUGUCAUGAGACUUUCUUUUACUUAAUGGGUAAGCUCCUGGAGUUAAUGGCUCUUUGUAGAGCAAUUACCCUUUUCUCAACCACAUUUCUAGGUCACUGGGUAUCUGUGGCAAUUUAAUUAAGAUUAAAUUAAUCCAGUGGUUUUACUUGGGUUAAGGAAACAAGAAUGUUGUGAUAACCACUCAUCCAUACUAACCUCUUGCUUAAGAGGCCAGAUAGAGGUAUUCAGAAAAAUUGGAUUUGCCUGCAAACUGCAUGGAAGAAGUUCUUACUACUCCUCAAACAAGCCUGGUUGCUGUCAGAUGUGCUUCUAAGAAAAGUGGGGGUAGCACAAAAAAUUUAGGUGGCCGCAGCCCUGGGAAGCGCUAUGGAUACAAAAAAGUAGAAGGCGCAUUUGUGCAUGCAGGCAACAUUUUGGCUACGCAGCGGUUGAUACGCUGGCAUCCAGGGGCUCAUGUGGGGAUGGGCCGUAACAAGACCCUCUACGCCCUGGAGGAUGGGAUCGUACGAUACACCAAAGAGGUCUACAUACCUCUGCCUCGCAGCGCCGAGAGCAGGGAAGUGAUCUGUCAACUUCCCAAAGGAGCAAUUCUUUAUAAAACCUUUAUCAACGUUAUUCCUACCACGGAAGUGGGGAGCUUUAAACUGGUCACCAUGCUCUGAGCCUCCUGUGUCAGCAGGGACGAGAGGAAGGAGUGGCUGGGACAGACCACUACAGCUGGACUGGCAUCUGAGGACAGGAAUAUUCUAGCUCUGAAGAUACCAGUUUAGGACUUCGGUUUUGUGCUCAUAAGCUCACGUGGUCAGUGUUCAGGCCCUGGGAUCACCUGCCAGCAUUUUUAUGUGUUUAAUAAAUGCUGAGGGGCUGCUGAAGGCCUUGGCUCUUCAAAGAA